AUUUUUAGUGUUUGGCAAGAAUUUGAAUAGAAUUGAAGUUUGAAUUGAAUUCAACUGGGUAGAAAAAACGAAAGACUUGUUCUGGUUGUCAAACAAUUUGACAAUGACAACCUGAGAGUCGACAACCACAACACAACAAUGAAUUCUUGCUUCCGUUUAUUUUAAAAAUUGUUUGAUGAACAAUUUACGUAAAUUUGUGCAGUUUAGUUUACAAAUGGUCUUCAAUUAAUUCUAUGUUCGAAUUAAUUGCAACUAAUUUAGCUCAUAAUUCAUUGGAUUUGUAUAUUAUUAUAAUUAUAAACAAAAAUGAGUGUGUUCCAAGACGAUUGGGAUUUUCGUUUCGAUGUGCAGAAUAUUGAAAAAGGGAGUCACCUACAAUCAAAAGUGUUUGAUCUCCAUGAACUGAUCCUGAAACUUAUAGAAGAAGGAUUAAAAACACAAGACAUUAAUUACAAUGGUUCCUUAUCUCAAGGUCACGAUCAGGAACUUAAAAUUCUAAUGGAAAAAAAUAAGAAUCUUCGUCAAGAAAUUGAAAGUAAAUUAGAUGGAAUAACCCGGCAGCAAUCUCAGUACGAAAAAUAUAAGCAAGAUCAAAAACAACUAUCCCAAGAAAUAAAAGAAACACAUGAAGCAUUUUUAAUGGCUAAAAAGUAUUAUAAAAAAUUUUUAAAAAUGUAUUAUACCAUUGAGAUGAGGACUGGUGACAAGCAGACAAUUUUUGUGCAGUUCUUUACUGAAUCUAAAAAAGAUUCAGAUAAUUAUUCCAUGCGUAUGCUGAGGGACACUAAAACUGGAUAUUAUGAAUUGCUUAGUACAACUCCGAAAAUUCCAUCAUUGAAAGAAAUACAAAGAAAACUUAAAGACUCAAAUGAUGUACCCGGAUGCUUGUGCUCUGUGAGGCAAGCUUUUAUUACUAUGAAAGCAAAUAAGAAACAUUAGUAAUAUGUUUGUUUGUUUUGGAGCUGUAGUUAAGAAUAUAAAAUAUAAUAUGUGGUAAAGAGCUGUAGUGUUAUUCAUCAGGUGUAUGUGUAAAGAAUUUUUAGUUCCUGAUUUAAACCUUUUGAGUGUAUCUCUUAUUGUAACAGGAAGCUUUCUGGACAUUAAAAAUACGAUUUACAUAAAAUAUAUAAUUUAACCAUGUAAAAUACAUUAAUAUAAAACUAGUAAUUAACAAAAUUAAAUACAAUUCCAUACUGAGGUAUUAUAGUGACAGGUAUCUGGUCACCAAUAAAGCAAACAGCAUUAUACUGAUAUGGCCUUAACAGUCAAAACUACCUAUUUUCUACCACAACCUACAAUCAGUUUCUAAAUAGCCAAUUGUCAACUGACUGUCACAUCAUAACCUUAGCUCAUAUAGCUUUUAAAAUUAAACAGACCUUUAGCCCUUUGUCAAUUUUAAUAAUUUAAAUGUUAACAGUAAUCAAA